AUGCACAGGAAAAACAGUCUGCACCGAGAUACAAGCUCAGUGCGGAUUGCUCGAGCAGCUCAGGUGCGUCUAGACGAGAUCAGCGACAAAAUAGAGCGAGAUAAACACGAAAGGAUCAAAUCAAAUUAUCAUGAGAAAGUUAAAAUAUGGAAUGAGCUCAAAUCGAUUCAUCGCGUGUUCGAACCACUAUACGUUAUCAAAGAAAAUCAAGCAAGACUUGCAAGAAAUCAGCCUGAUCUUUCAAAACUGGACUCAAAAACUCGUGGGCAUGGAAGCGAUGGGAUGCGAAAAGAUGGGAUUGUAUCUUUAAAAUACCAGCCUAGAUUGUUGGAAAGAGCUGAAACUCAGAGUAAACUCAGAGUAGCGGGUUCCGCGCAGUUUAAGUGGAGGUCGCAGAGUUGGUCUUUCCAAGGGUCGUCGAAAACCGAGGCAGAAUGCCCACGAUUGGCACUACCUCAGAGAACCGAGAGAGAACACAUUCCCAAACUACGCAGCGCUUCAGAGGAGCCUCGUAUUUCUAACUCAAUGUGCACAAUCGCAUUGGGAUAUAUGGCUUUCAAACGCGUCUUGAAAAACAAGAAAUUGUCUCAAGGAUUGGAACCCAAAGUUGUUGAUUCCAGAUUCAGGUCUAUGUCAAUGCAUGAGACAGAACUCAGUGCAAACUCGCGGCUGGUCAUGCCUGAACACUCAGAGGCAAUUAAUGAAAAAGAGGACACUUUAAAAUUCUUAUUUCCAGCCACAUAGAAAACUGUUAAUCCACAUUUAGUCAAAAAAGAUAAGAACGGGCGAAAACCCAAUUCUAAAAGGCGUGCUUCGACUUGCGUCAACAAUAGACGACAACUUAUUUCAUCGCUAUCCUGGCCGUUAGGCGAGUUACCUGUGGACCCUAAAGGAGUGCAGAAAAGCUUAUUAAGCCCUGAUCAUAUUCCACACGUACACAGCCCAAAUGUCUCUCGCUCACGUUCUGAAAUGUCUGUCAGAAGUUUGCCACAAGCACUGAAAACGGAACGAGUCAAAACGGGAGGAGCUUCUAGCUCAAUUGAACAGGAGCACUCACGCGAGAGUGACGAGGAAAUCAAGUUCGGAACAUUUCAUGAAUAUUUUGGUGAAAAACCCAUGCAUAACAGGCUGAAGAAACCGCUCAGACGAGGUUCAAAAUUGCUAAAACCAGUAGGAAGUGGUUGUUUUAGUGAAAGUUUUCAGGCUUUAACUCACAGCAAAACAUGA